GUGUGUGAGUGUGGCAGAGAGGUGUGGCCUGUGGUCAGACUGACGCACUGCUAACAGACAGGAAAACACCUUCCCCCUGGCAGCUUCCGCAGCCCUGAGCACAUGAACGGGGCAGCAGCACACCGAAUCAAACGCACCCCGAGGAGCUGACGGGGGAACCUGGAAGCCUGGCCGGUCCUCAGGCAUCCAACACGUGGUCCGAGGACCUGGGAGAGGACUGUACACCACACGGGAGGUUAAUUCCCAUCGCUGUGAGAGGGAAACGAGCCAGUUCAUCCAGAUGUUCACUAAAAACAAACACAGCUUCUUCCCUCAAGAUAAACUGUGCGGGCACUGACGUUUGUAACUCCCAGACCAAAUUAUAUUGAGUUCAUAGAAAGCUGAAGUCCUGAUGUCACUUCCUGUUGGUUUCACCCAGCUUCUGUGACACAAUGCUGAUCUCUGCAGGUGAAGCUGUCGAUGAUGUUUCCUUCCUCCAACACCAGCGGCGCCGCCGCCGCGGCGACGGAGAAGUGCAUCGUCAACGACCAGAUGGGACCCUUCAUCGUCCUGUACGUCCUUGUCUUCGUCAUCGGUCUGCCUGGGAACCUGCUGUCUCUGUGGACCUUCAUCCGCAGCCCCAGAGCCGAGCAGCAGAGCACUAGCGUCUACCUGAUCAACCUGCUGGCGGCCGACCUUCUCCUGCUGCUCGCUCUGCCCUUUAAGAUCCUGAAGGACCUCGGGGGGGCGCCGUGGAGCCUCAUGGUCUUCCACUGCCAGGCCAGCGCCGUCACCAUCUACAUCAGCCUCUACGCUUCCAUCGCCUUCCUCGCCUUCAUCAUUAUCGACCGCUACCUGCAGGACUGCCACACUGUGCGCUCUCUGCGGCUGCAGGAAGUCGGCUUCGCCAGGCUGCUGUCGCUGGUCGUCUGGCUGCUGCUGCUGCUCAUCAUGGUGCCCAACAUGGCUCUGCCCAUACAGCACGUUCAGGAGCAGCGGUACCUCAGCUGUUCGUCUCUGAAGAUUGACAUCAGCCUCCACUGGCACGCCCUGACCAUCUUCCUCUGCACGGCGCUGUUCGUCAACGCCUCCGCCGCCGUGCUCAUCUCUAGCGGCCUGGCUCUCAAAAGACUCCUGGGCAGCCGCAAAGACCCCAAACUCUGGGUCCACGCCCGGCGGGUGGCCAGGAGCGUCGCGGCUGUGGCGUUGGCCUACAUACUCAGCUUUGUGCCUUACCACGUGGUCCGCACGCCGUACACGUUGACCCAGACCAAAGUCAUCACAGACUGCCACACCAAGAGGCAGCUGUUUCUGGGGAAGGAGUCUACGCUGCUGCUGAGUGUGCUCCACCUCUGCUUUGACCCCCUGCUGUGCUUCUACCUCUACUCGCCUUUCAGACAGACGCUCCGCCAGAUGUUCUCCCGCUGCAGAAAGCAGACGUUCAGCGAUACCGAGGAGCAGUCUGCAGAGGAAAUGAUGGAACCUGCAGCUUCUGGACAGCAGGAGGAUGCCGUCCGUGUAUAAAGAAUAGAAACAAUACUGUAAGACCCUGAGAGAUAGGACAUGUUUAGCUUAGCUUAGCACAAAGACUUGAAGCCUAUGGAAACUGCUAGCCUAAAAAAAAAAAACAAUUCAACUCCAAAUGUGGACAAAAAACUAUUUUUUAAAUGUUUUUUUUUUUAUGCACAAAAUUAAUGUCAUAAUUCCAGCAAUCCUGUGAAAAAACCUGCAAUAAACUUGAUUUAAACGAAUAUUACUUUUUCUGUUCAUUCGCUCUUACAUUGAUGAUGUAAGAGCAUGUAUGAUUGACGGUCUGAGUCUAAUGGCUCGGUGUAAGUUACUGUUAUAAGUAAUUUAUAGGUGAUUGACAGGUCUGUUAAUACAGGGACUAACAUGACAAGUAAAUCUGAAGAUAUUGUUUUCUGAUGCUGUUAAAGAUUCUUUACAUCUGCAAAAUUUGUGAAAACUGGAGAACGACAGACCUAAUGUAUAUUUUGAAUUAUGAUUGGUUCAAACACGUUUAAAUAAAAUAGAU